GGCGUGAGGCGGGGUUGGCGUCGAGCUGCCUCGUGGGAGCGGCCGCUCUGGGCUGAGGGACUGUCCUUGGGGACAGCAGUUGGGCAUUUUAUUUUCAUUUUUUUGAGAUGCCGGAUAAUAUGGGCGUGGAGGGAGCUGGCCACGGCGAGCUUCGGUUUCCUGUGGGCCCAUGGGAGCAGGGUACAUGUUCCACUACAGCGGGUGGCAGGGCCGUCAGGGCAGGACUUGCGAGGCCAAAGCCCAGGCCCACCUCAGGAGGACUGACUUGAAAUCCUCAGACACGCAUAACUGUCAAACAGGGUGCGUGUACCCCCAUAAGACCAUCAAGUCUUGAGGGCGCAGUCCUGAGCCUACAUACUUGGAAGUAAGGCCCAUUUACUUCAGGAAGACAUACUCUUGAGUGAAGGAAUGGGUUUCCCAGGCAUGAUUAGCAUUGAGUUCAAAAAACCAACUGCACUAUGACUGAGGUAAAGAGGCGCAUGUUAAAGAGGGUCAUGAAUUGGUAACCUUUGACUUGUGCAAGAAGACCUGUGAACAGGAAUGAACUGCUCUCUAAGCCUACCCAGAUCCUGUGAAGUAUCAGUAAAGAAUUUCUAAGGGGGAUUCUUUCCUGGGCAGUCCGAUGAGAAGCAGACAUUCCAGAGGAGAGGAGGCCACAGCAGAGAUAAAUGGCUCGUUUAAAUUGGGAGCUGCUACUAAAAUAUUCUCUGGCUGGCAAAUGCAGUGCCUAGCAGCUGCUAUCAAGGACGAACCAAACAUGAGUGGGGGAGGGGAGCAGGUCGACAUUCUGCCGGCCAACUACGUGGUGAAGGACCGUUGGAAAGUGCUGAAGAAGAUUGGUGGUGGUGGCUUUGGAGAGAUUUAUGAGGCAAUGGAUCUUUUGACCCGUGAGAAUGUGGCCCUGAAGGUGGAGUCAGCGCAGCAGCCAAAGCAAGUUCUCAAGAUGGAGGUGGCUGUCCUAAAAAAGCUACAAGGGAAAGAUCACGUUUGCAGAUUUAUUGGCUGCGGAAGGAAUGAAAAGUUCAACUAUGUUGUCAUGCAGCUUCAGGGCCGGAAUCUUGCAGACCUCAGAAGAAGCCAGCCGCGGGGAACUUUUACACUGAGCACAACCCUCCGAUUAGGCAAACAGAUUCUAGAAUCUAUAGAAGCCAUUCAUUCAGUGGGAUUUUUGCACCGAGACAUCAAGCCUUCCAACUUUGCCAUGGGACGCCUCCCCUCAACCUACAGAAAAUGUUAUAUGUUAGAUUUUGGUCUGGCUCGACAGUAUACCAAUACCAACGGUGAAGUCCGGCCUCCUCGUAAUGUUGCUGGUUUCCGGGGAACGGUCCGCUAUGCUUCAGUGAACGCUCAUAAAAACAGAGAGAUGGGUCGACAUGAUGACCUGUGGUCCCUUUUUUACAUGCUGGUGGAGUUUGCAGUUGGUCAGCUUCCAUGGCGCAAGAUAAAAGAUAAGGAGCAAGUUGGUAUGAUUAAAGAGAAAUACGAACAUCGAAUGCUGCUAAAACAUAUGCCUUCCGAGUUCCACCUUUUUCUGGAUCACAUUGCAAAUCUGGAUUACUUUACUAAACCAGAUUAUCAGCUCAUCAUGACCGUGUUUGAAAACAGCAUGAAAGAAAGAGGUAUUACUGAGAACGAGGCCUUUGACUGGGAAAAAGCCGGUACAGAUAUUUUAUUAUCUACAAGCACCUCUACUCCACCUCAGCAGAACACAAGGCAGACAGCAGCUAUGUUUGGUGUGGUUAAUGUCACUCCAGUUCCUGGAGAUUUACUUCGUGAGAACACGGAGGAUGUUUUGCAAGGCGAGCACCUGAGCGACCAGGAAAAUGCUCCCCCAAUCUUGCCUGGCCGGCCAGCGGAAAGCUUAGGCCAGGCUCCAAACACUGCCUUCAAUGAAGGAGAGGUUUGGGAAGAGACGGACGUGAACCGCAACAAGCUCAGGAUCAGCAUCAGCAAAACACAAUGUUUGGCAGAAGAAGAUCAGAAAAGUGGUGUGUGCCCAAGCUCCCCAGUGCGAGCUGCACCAGAUUCCCCUACUACUCAAGGACGUUCUCUGAGAUACCGUCGUGUGAACAGCCCUGAGUCUGAGCGCCUCUCCACUGCUGAUGGGAAAGGAGAUCAGCAUGAGCGAAGGUCACGAGUGGAUUUGCCCUGUUCUCCUUCACGGCUUGUAUGCUCUUCCCAGCCAGCACAGAUGCUGUCCAUUGACACCGGACAGGUAGACAGGCAGGCAAGUGGCAGGAUGGAUGUGUCUGCUUCUGUGGAGCAUGAAGCCCUCAGCAAUGCUUUCCGAUCGGUACCCCUGGCUGAGGAGGAGGACUUUGACAGCAAAGAGUGGGUUAUAAUUGAUAAGGAAACAGAGCUGAAGGACUUCCACCCUGGUGCUGAACCAAGCACAUCUGGAACAACAGAUGAAGAGCCCGAGGAGCUGAGGCCUAUUGAAGAGGGUGACGAGAGAAGGCGACUGGGGGCAGAAUUGGCAGUGAGGCCGAAAAUUCAUGAUGGGAGAACCCGGGGUAUGCAGCCUGUGGCUGAGGAGGACAGUUCCCACAGACAUGAAGGGCAUUGUCAAUCAGUCUCUGACAGCAAACAUGAACAGCAACCAGGAAGCCCCACACAGUCCCCCUUAUAUUCAGCACCAGCUAUCCGACAGCGGAGACGAGAAUCUGAGCCUACUGGUCCUGAGAGACAGGUGUUCACACUGAAGCCUUUUGAAAUGAAUGGUCUCCCCAAGGUGGUGCCUUUAAGUUUGCCUUAUCAAGACUUUAAGAGGGAUGUGUCAGAAAACAGGGAAAGGUCCAGAAUUCUCCAGCAUAUAAAGAAGGUGGAUUUCUCAAAUGUUGUCUUAACUGCCCCUUGCAAACCACCGGCGGCCCAUCUAGAAAUGGCAAAUGACAGAUAUGAGAAGGAGGAGGAGGAGGAAGAGGAGGAAGAAGAAGAAGAAGAGGAGGAGGAGGAGGAGGAGGAAGAAGAUGAUGAUGACGAAGCUGGUGACUUAGGAGAAGAGCUUGAUCUGCACAGCGACUCAAGCAGUGACGUGAGCCAGAAAAGUACUGAGCACAGUCAGGAAGGUGCCCCAUCCACCCUCUUGGCUGAUGACCAAAAGGAGUCCAAGGGCCGAGCCUCAGCAGCAGAAGGAGACUUGGAACUUGAAGAAGGCUCCAAAACAUUGGUUCUCUUUUCGCCCGGUGACAUCAAGAAGUCUCCCGUGAACGCAGACUUGGCUCCUGAUGCCGAUCUCGGCACUCUCGCUGCAUUGACUCCACAGAGUGAGAAACCGCAGCCAAUGGGAAGCCAGCUUGAUGUAUCGGAACCAGGGACCUUGUCCUCCAUCCUUAAGUCAGAACCAAAGCCUCCUGUUACUGUGGCCACCACCUCGUCCCCUUUCACCAAAGUUGAGCGCACGUUUGUUCACAUCGCAGAAAAGACCCAUCUGAACAUCAUGUCUUCCGGUGGUCAGCUGAUGAGGCACGAGGAAUACCCUACUCCAGGGCAGUAUGAAGAGAUCAUCAUCGAGGAAGAGAUGGAGGAAAAUCAGGCACUUGUAGAAAACGGGAGCGUAAACUCGGCUCUGGAAGGGGGAGAGAUGGAAAGCUGUGCUCUCUCGGUGAAUCACAUUGAAACCACCUCUGAAAUUGUAGGGGAGCAGGCUGUGCUCCUCAAUGGUGUUAGUAAAAUGGAAGAAGACGACCUGGAACACAAAGGCACAAUUGCCCCGGAAUCAGAUUUAGAAGAAGCUGAUAAGAUGGAUACAGAAGAGCCUGGCCUUGAAAAUAACACUCUUGCAAUGGAAUCCUUUAAGAAAAUGGAACUCCCUCCAGAUGUUCCGAAAGAGAGCCCCAGAAAGCUCCUCAGCGUCAGGUACAGAAGCCGGAUCCCCGUUUUGCUCUCUGAAGAGGACACUGGCUCAGACCUUUCGGCCUCGCACUCCGGCAAAGAGAGGCUGUACAAGAGGCUGAAGCAGCAGGAUUUGGCUCGCCUGGUGAUGGAGAGGAGGCAGAACCGUCUGCUCAGGUUAGCUUCAGGUGCGUCAUCCUCUGCGUCUUCCAGCGACGAGAGGCGGCGAGCUUCAGAAACACUCUCGGCCACUGGCUCCGAGGAGGACACCCACGACUCAGACGAUUUCACCCCGAGGAAGACGGAGAGUCAGGAGAAAUAUUCCCUGGUUAAGAUGGAAGAGAGAGGCUUGAGCACAAAGAGCAGAAUCCCUCGCCCCAUUGUGCCUGCAAAGCCGCCUGUAAUAGAACUGAAAUCCGGGAGCCCCUCAACUCUUCUGCCGCCAGCACUGAGUAGCAGCCCAGGUGACAAAGCUGUGACCAACAGGCUUCAGGGGCAAAGACCAUCCGGCGACUCCCGGGCGAAAGCAACGCCGACUCCCGCCGUACCUCCCUUGCGGAGCAGUCCGAGGAAAACCCCCCGCCCCCCACCUUGGAGUCCCAGCCUCCCCCCGCGAAACCUCAGUGCUUCCCCCAAGAGCCAAUCACUGUCCAGAAAAGAAAGCUCAUCGCCCUCCCGCCAACAUAGGUCAGGUACCACGUUCCCUCCGUGGGUGCAACCUUCUUCCAGGGCUCCCUCCAGAGCUCAGGCAGGUGGGCUGCUGGGAGACGCCCCGGCGUCCCCCAGUGCAACCCGGAAAGGACCGAGAGGGAAAGCCCAAACUCAAAUUCCAGCAACCAAAGGAAGGCAAGUAUCCCAGGAAGGCAAGGCUACUGCUAGAUAAUGAUCUGCUGCUGCCAAACCAUUUUUGACCAACCGACCUACCAUCUCGCCAGGCUGGAGAAACCUCUGCGUAUGCUAUACACUCAAGACGCCGCAGCACAGCCUUACACCGUGUCGGAAAUACAAGCAUAUAGCAGCUAGCUCGACUUCAGUGCUUCACUUAACCCACAAGCUCACGCUGUCUCAAUCCAGCUCUUUAACCUGGCUGGGGCCUCCCCGGCCAGCUCAUGCUUGCUUGCUAUUGCCCAGCCACCAAGCAGCGACUCGGGCAGCCUGCCCCUGUGCCUGACCCUCCUUCCUCUCACGCCGUCUUUUCCUCCCGCACCCCCUUUCUUGGUUAGCAAUACCACCGUCUCCUUCGCGGAGCCCUGACACUUGGGUAGGGGGAGGCGGCUUUUUUUUAUAACGCACCGGCCAAAAUCAGAGGAGAGGUGAAAGGGCUGCGCCUCACCUGGAAGAAGAGUCUUGGUGUGAACUUCUAAAUGGUCAGGUCAAUCCAAUGCCCUUGCCUCCCUCACCGCCCUACUGCCCUGCCCUUCGCCACCCCAACCUGCCACCCCCGGGCCGUCUUCGGGGCAGCUCCGGCCGUGCUGCCUGUCCACUCUCCCGUAGUAUUUUGACCCCGAGCACUGAUGGAACAAAAGUCACAACCAGACUCCUCGGUGGCUUCCUUGCCUGCAGUGUCAAGCAAGGGGAAUGUAUGACUGUAACUGCUAGCCAGAAGGAGGAGAGCUGCGUGUUGCUUCUGGCGUAUAUAGGGCCUCUCUGUUGGCUGGCCUGAGGAGCUCGUUACUGGCGAAACGAUGAGCAUGUUAAGGCAGGGGUAGCUCCUCCCCCCCUACAAGCAUGCAGCUGCUCCAGUGUCUUGUGAAGGGGAGGGACCUUAGUCCUGAUUUGUUCAAGCGAUGCACCUGUAAGUUACCUGUCCACCGGGAGGUUGUAUUGUGGGCAAAGGCUUCCCAGGGACCCAUUAGCUGGUCUCUUUCUUGGCAGAAAUGGUAAAGACAAAACAACCUCUUAGCCCCGAAGUAUGAUCUGUGGCCAUCGCAUGGUUCCAGCACGCAGGGUUUCCUCCGAAUCCAAACGCAAGGAAUCUAUGAAUCGGUCACUGCCUCUUGCUCUGGGACUUUGUCUCCGUGCUGGACAUGCAGGCGGCCACAGAUUUAUUUAUUUUUGAAAUAGGCUUCUUAUCCCCAAAUGCCCUAUACCGGCGGUAUCUGCUUGCUUCUGAAGCACAGCUGUGAGACCUUAACUACAGUACUUACUGCUUGGUCCGUGUGACAGUAGCUGGUUUUCGGGGUUGGUGCUUGCUGACAAAUCAGUAUCUUGACAAACAGUAUCGUUUGGGGAGGUCAGUUUCGCAGCAUCCUUCUCACCUUGCUCUCCCACGUGGGAGAUGAUUUCGUUUGCCAGUGGGGUUAGGGAAAGGGCAUUCUCUAUAGCGGCUUACCUCUAAGGGCCCAGCUUUUGGGAAUGUAGGACAGGAGCACAAAACAACCAGCCAAUAACAUCCUGCAAUUUGCCCCAAAAACCUUGAGAAAGCGAAAGGAGCCUAGCCAUGUGGCAACAGCUUUGGGAUGAGGUGGGAAACCAGAGGCCCUCCAGAUGUUGCUGAACUCCAACUCCCAUGAUCCCCAACCACUGGCCAUGCUGGCUGAGGCUGAUGGGAGCUGGAGUCCCAACAACAUAUGGAGGGCCACAGGUUCUUCAUCCCUGGCCUUCAGACUGCAUGAAAUGGAAGGCCUGAGCUGAGGAAUUAAUCGGGUGUUAGGUCCCAGUUAUCCUUUACCUCUGCAACUGAUAGGCAAGGGUGUAUGAAGAGUAAAGGGAGCCUGGCCUCCUCACUUAUCUAUUUGUGCAGAUGCUUGCUGAGCUAAAUUUCGUAAGCUGACUUCGGGAGAAGAAGAUUCCUGGUGCUAUACUUUAUCUGGGAGACGUGUCCCCCGUUGUUCCUUUACCCAGUAGGGAUCGGGGACUCAGUGGCCAGAGGCAAAUCUUUGGUAGCUAUUUUGUCAAGAUUGCCCAUGCAUGUCAACAUGCCACUGGAGGGUUGGUGGCUGUCUUUUUAAAAAAAGUAUAUACCUUAUUAAGGAGAUGGAAUUUGUUCACAGAUAAAAGCGCUGGCAUCCCUUUGCAGUUUGUCCAGCAGAGGGAAACCAAGGGCAUGCAACAGUAUGACUGUCAUUCAAAGAACCGUGGGAUUUGUGGUCCUGGGAGAGGCCUCAGGUCUGCAUCUGAAUUCUAGGAAAAGGACGGGAGCCAUAAAGACAAACUUAUUUGUUUGGGACUAUAGAUGUGGUCUUAGCAAAGAUUACCCAACAGCCCCGAUUGGGCUUGCACAGCUUGGAGAGUUGCAGCAUGUCUCUUGGAGUAAUGGGGAUGCAGAGGGGUUUCGAGAGCAAACGCCACAUUUUCCCGGGAUUUAUCUCCCAUGUUUUCAUGCAGUCCCCACUACUACCACUGAACUACCCAUUCUGUGGUUUCAGGACUCUCUAGUGUGCAUGAGAUCCCCUCCUUCCUUCCUGUUACAGGUUCUCCAGUAUCAGUAGCUUCCCAUGCAUCUUUCAGGUACAAUUUUGAAGUUUUCUGUUUCAACACUGGCAAAAAUAAGCACCUAUCUUUAAAGCAUGCACUCUCCCUGCCCUCCUCAUCCCAUGUUGACCAUCCUCCCAUCGUUGUGAGAAGGGCAACUCCUUCUCCCACGUGGAUAGCUAUUUUGGCAUGGCAGGCAGAUCUGUGGAGGUAGGUUGAGACAGCGGUUCCCUAUAUAUCCCUUUCGGAGCACAUGCCAACUGCCAAGAGGUCAGGAGCUGAAGGCUCAGUAUGUCCUAGAGAAUUCACUACAGAGCUGCAGGUACCAUCAAGUGACAUUGAAUUAAUGGUGGCUGUUCCAUGUAGCCACUGUGUUUGAAACAGCCGAGUGAACUGGUCUGUAGUGGACCCCUUCUUGCAAAGGCUUCCUUCUUCCCAGGACUGAGCAUUCAGAAAGAAAUACAGAAGAAGGACAUGGGGGGGGGGGCGAGAAUCAAACUAAGUGCAGGUUCUGUCAUUUUAGAAUUGUUUUGUUGUCAGUGCCAGCCCAAGACUUCUUGCUGCCUGCUGGAGAGCGCCAAAUGGUGUCCCACAACCACCGCCAUGUUGUGGCAAGCACACACACACACACACACACACACACACACAGUAUUGUCACAGCAUUCGGACAUCAAUUCCUUCUAAAUCCUCCUGAAAUAACCUGGUUCAUUUUGCUGCCCUUUAGUAGGUCAAGCCCAGUGAGACCUGCAGUGUGCAUUGUUUUUGAACAAUAACCCGGAACGGAGGGAUUUGAGUCUCUGUGCCAUUCAUUUGGGGCAGGUCGUUCAUCAUGGCUCUCUAUUCUGAGUUGGAUGCCCUUUGCUUGUUUGUUUGUUUAUUAUUUAUUCACUGAGUUUAUAUACCACCCUUCAUCAAGAGAUCCCAGGGCGAUUCACAGAAUGAAAUACAAGAUAAAACACAAGUAAAGAAUUAAUCCAAAAUCAAAACAAUAGCCCCCGCCCGUGUUUUUCUGACACCUUUUUUCUCAGCCCUGCCUUGUGCUUUGUUCUGUCCUUGCCCAGACUUCACAUCCUCCUCUCUACUCCCUCAAGCAAACCACAUCAUGCAUUUCCAUUGGGACAAGUUUCUCCCUUGAUGAGCUCCCUGAAGUUUCUGUCCUAUUUCCACUUGAUUCUGCUCUUCCCCAGCAUAUGUGUCCUCCUGAUUCAUUUUGUCCAUCGGCUUUUCUGGACUACCAUCAGCUGACUCGUAGUUUUCCACCUUUCCUCUUUCCCCUUCCAUUGCUUAGGAGAGUCCGCUCUUGAACGGUGUUUUUCUUGACUUUUUGACCUGUUUUCACACAACGUCUGAUGCUCUGGGGUCUCCAGACCGAGGCAAGUUCCAAAGGGCACCCCAGAGACUGGGCCAUCAUGCUCUCACGUCUGACAUGAGGGCAAGCUCUUGGCCAGUGUCAGGGCAGAGCUGUGGGCUGACAGGAGUGUCCAUCACACUGGAGACCAGUGGUACAGUACAUAUCUUGCAUGCAGAAUGCCCCAUCUUAAACCCUUGGCAUCUAUAGUCGAGAAGAUCAGGUAGCAGGAGAUAGCAAAGACCUAUCCCUGAGACCCUGGAGGCCCACUGCCAGUCACAGUGCUAGGCUAGAUGGAGAAAUAACCUGGCUAUGUCCCUCGUGGUCAAAGGGAAAUAGGGUGAAGAAAGGAAUGUGGAGACCAAGAGGGAUAGGCAUGGAGGCAUGGAUGUGUGGAUACUUGAAAUGCACACAGUGGUCUAUUUCUCUGCAAUAGCCAGGCGUGAUAGCUGGGAACCAAUGGCACGGGUUUGCAGAACUUCACAUAGCCUGCAGCUUAAGCCUCAGCCUGUAAAUGCAAGUCAGAAGCCUUGCAAGGCAUCCAGAUGCCUAACUCACUGCAUGCCAGUGUCUGCAUAGGUCUGUUUAGUCUUUGGUUCUGAAGAUCCCAAUCCUUGGAAUUUCAUCCAUGCGGCAAGUUUCCUUUGAUUAUACACAUACCCUUGUGAUGAAAUGAGUGCAUCUAUCUCUUCUGCAUCUACACUGAGCAGGGCUGAGUGUCUUCUAAGCUGCCAAUAAAAGCCGAAUUCUGCGACCUGUAUAAAUUUUGCAACUUAAGCACGUUUGCAAGUUUUGGCUUAUUUUGCGUACAUCAUUCUGCCUCUACUAACCCUAGGAAUGGUUAAGGCACUGAAGCCCCACCUCUUGACCACUGCAAAUCCUCCAGAGCUCUCUGGCUUUGAGGAUCAUAUUAGAUGUUGCUCACAUGCUUGGACCAGAAGCUUUUCAAAAACCAUAGGAUGCUACAUUUGGUGCCCAAUACCAGAUUCUCUGGAUUUUUUGUGUGUUUGUGCAGGAUUGUAGAACACAUAACCCUGCCUUAAACCAUCAGGACCGUAUCAGUUGAGCGGCACCAAUUUGAAUCCAAAGCUGUCUAGACUGCUCUGUUGCCCUGGAAUUAUAUGGGAUGCUUCUGCAUAAACUGGGAAUCUUAUUUGGUCAUCUGUUUGGGACGGGGAAAGAUUGCCUGUAGCAUUAUAUAUGAAGCAGCCCUUAGAACAGGAGUUCCUUUGGCUCUCAACAAAUGGUGAAAAUUCAUCACAAUAUUUUAUUCCUCAGUUGAGAUUUGUUGAGAUUUGCAAAGCACUUUAGAGACCUUUGACUGUCCCACAAAAUGUAACUGUCGUCAGCCAAAGGUUAUCUCAUGAUUCAAAUUCUUUUCCAGCCUGUUUUAUGGCAUUCCUCUUCACACCCGCUGCUUCACAUCAAACUCUGCAUUUAUUUUUCUUAGCCCCCAAAGGGAAUAUGCCAUUACUGGUAUUUCUCAGCCCCCCCACUAGCUAGGCAAUGCAAUUUCCACCCCACCCGCUCCUCACUUUACUUUGUUUCCCUUUUCUGCUUUUGUGUCAAGGGUCAGAGUUGAAAUUGGCACCAUUUUGGAGGGCCUGGCUGGAACCGAAACAGCGCUUUUGGCUUCCAGGUUUGGGUGGCAAGUAGGCAUGUGUAUGUGGGCAAUCCGCACGCAACUUUUGCUCCUUUUCCAACUCCAGUGAGACUCCUCUGUCUCUUCCAUCCCACAAGGCUAUCAUCUGAUAAUCUCUGUCUUCUUUUGUAAAAGAGCGUAGUCCCAUGUAAUUUUAUCAGGCAAUACGAGAUGAGCAGGCCUAUUGUAGUACCGCUCUUCACUCUGAAAUGUAAUAUUUCAAAUAUCAGUAUGUAUAUAUUUAGCAAGGUUGGAAAGCAAGACAGCUUUCGUCUGCCAUCCAAAGAGCAUCAGUAUUGGGCAAAGAAAUGGGUACACGCCAUCCAUGCCUACCGUAGCAAAAAAGAGAGGACCCUAUAAAUACCACAAAGGGUUAAGGGAUUGUUGGUACAAGGGGUUUAGCUGCUUUUCCUUGUGGUUGUGCAUCAGUACGCCCUGAAUGAACAUGCAUUAAAGAACAGGGCCCUCAUUGAGCCAAAUAUGGAAAUGGAGACACAGUUUGUUUUCUUGAGAAGGAAGCCAAAGGGAGUAGCACUGAUAGUCAUCUGUUACGGCAGAGGAAGCUGUGGAUUGUCCCUGGUCUAAUAGGAUUUGUUCCAGGGUUCUAAAUAGCUUCUCUAUGAAAGCUCUCCAAAACGCCGUGGCAAGAAUGUCGUCUCUUGGAUGCUAGUCAGCGACUGCAUACUAUGUAUAUUCAUGUUUUAUUAAAAGCAAGCCUAAACGCAGGUUCAAAAGAGGACGUCGGCCAUUCUUCUUCCUAGGAGUACAGACUGUUUUGAUGCAUGCGCUUCAUUAUCCCUUCCUAUCAUGAAGCCCACUCAUUUUGUGUCCUCCCAAAGGCUUUCUUAUUACAUCGCCUUUUUGGCAUUUUGACUUUAACUGGUGAACACACCCGACACAAGUCUUUUUGCCCAGUCUCAUAGCUUGUGUCAAUCUCGUAGCCUGGUCAAUCGGAUAAACGGUUCUUUGAGCAUCAUGGCAGAAAGCACACUCAGACUUGCUAUAGGUUCUGCGCUUCUGGUGCAACGGCACAAGUUAGGGACAGCAAUAUGUGUUUUAUGUCGAACAUGAGUGUUGGCCUGCAUUUCCGGCCCCCUUCCUGAUGCUAUACUCUUUUAUUACUCUUAUGAUAAACAGCUAAUAUAAAAACAUAACGAGAGACCUGCUGUGAUCCUGUUCUCACAGUGGCCAACCUGGGACCUAGGCAAGGCUCGCAAGUAGGACCUGAGUGUGACAGCAGCACUCUCCUUUCUUGUGAUUUAUAGUAAAUGGUAUACAGAUUCAUACCAGAAAGGAAACCGGAAUAUUUAUUAGGCUUGGUUACUAAAUGUGCCUGCCAUUGACUCAACACUCCUGUCCUCACAAGUUAGCAGUGCUCUCCUAUACAUAGUUUUUUUGUUCAUUUGUUUGCUGGUUUAAUGAAUAUAUGACCACCCCCUAUUGGGGGGGGGGAGUCCUCACUCACAAGGUGGCGUUUCAUUAAAGCGUUAAAAAUGAAACAACUGAACAAACACAAUGGAAGCAAAAUCAGAUCAACGACAUAAAGGGGCUCAGCAGUAAGGUCAAGAAAAAAGCUCGGCGAAAAAGGAAAGUCCUUUGGGGCCACUCAAAGGUCAGAAGAGAGUGGGGCCAAUCAGAAUUCCCUAGAGGGGGAAUUCUGCAAGUAUGAGGCCACCACUGAAAAGGCCCUGCCCCAAGGACCCAUGGACAUGAUCAAACCAAGUUCUUCUACACAUUACCCAUCUCCCCACUACUCUAGCCUCCAAAAAGCACUUCACCUACUCCCACCAUGCUUUUUCUUAUCUUUCAUCAGCAGUGGCCACAGGAGCAGUGGAGACACAGAGGCAAGAUUGCCGCUGCAGCACCCUUUAUAGAACUACAUCUCCCCCAUCACCCCAUUUUUCCUACAUGCUGUUUACCUAGCACAUCCGAGUGACCGAGGGGAGGGAGGAGAGCACCUACCUUCUCUUGAUACAUAUCUUCACCGCAGUCAUGACCACAUAGAGGGGGAAAGUGAGUGUAUUCUAGUAUAUAGGAGGGAUAGCUUUGGGGAGUGGCGAACGCUUGCACAGAUUGCCAGCAGGGCUGGGAGUUGGCAGGAAAUCCUUUGGCACAGAUUUCGUUUUGAGACAUACAAAUCUGGGGGCUUCCCUCUCAUUUGAGAGGGGUGGAAUUCUGUUUUCGAGAGUGUCCUCCGGAAGCCUUGGACUACAAUUUCCACCAGCUGCAGGACACACUGCUGAUGGGAAAUGUAGUCCAAAACUCCUGGAGGGCACCAGGUUGGCAAAGGCUGCUUUGCAUAGGCAACCUCCCUGUCCUAGUGCCAUCUCAGCAGCGCCAGGAGUGUAGCAAUCUCUUUGGUGGUACCCAUAUAACUCUGCCCAGUGUUUGUCAUCAUCAUCUCUAAUUUGUAAAGCAUCCAAAAUGACGAAGGGGUUCACCAUUUAAAAUGAAUGGAUUUCAUAGGGUAGGAAAACAUAAGGAAGUGGGAAAGAAGCCAAAGAAGGGAUGGCAAAUGAUUACUAACUGAUGCACACCAUACAUUUGAAGCACAUGACUCUAUUUCCCACCC